GUCGUGAACGUGCUGCCGCGGAUCAGAGUCACCCAGUCGGCUGGAGUCGCAGGUCUUAAUUCUAGCGGUGUGCUUUUGCGGGCCGUGAGCACUUGAGUUAGUUAAACUGGGCUUCUUUCGUGAUUUCUGAAAAUGGAAAGACCAUCCACCAAAAGCUAUAAAACAAGAUAAAGUAUUCUCCUCAAAUAAAAGAAAGCCAAGAUCCAUGAGUGGGCAUCGGUCGACAAGGAAACGAUGUGGAGAUUCUCACCCGGAGUCCCCUUUGGGCUUCGGGCAUAUGAGUACUCCCGGGUGUGUAUUAAAUAAGUUGUUCCAGUUACCUACACCACCACUGUCAAGACACCAACUUAAGCGGCUAGAAGAACACAGGUAUCAGAGUGCCGGACGGUCCUUGCUUGAGCCUUUGAUGCAGGGGUAUUGGGAAUGGCUCGUUGGAAGAGUUCCCUCCUGGAUCGCUCCAAAUCUCAUCACGAUCAUUGGAUUGUCAAUAAACAUCUGUACAACUGUUUUAUUAGUCUUCUACUGCCCUACAGCUACAGAGCAGGCACCCCUGUGGGCGUAUAUUGCUUGUGCAUGCGGCCUUUUCAUUUACCAGUCUUUGGAUGCUAUUGAUGGAAAACAGGCAAGAAGAACUAAUAGUAGUUCUCCUUUGGGAGAACUUUUUGAUCAUGGGUGUGAUUCACUAUCGACAGUUUUUGUGGUUCUUGGAACUUGCAUUGCAGUGCAACUGGGGACAAACCCUGAUUGGAUGUUUUUUUGCUGUUUUGCUGGGACAUUCAUGUUCUAUUGUGCACACUGGCAAACAUAUGUUUCUGGAACAUUACGAUUUGGAAUAAUUGAUGUGACUGAAGUGCAAAUCUUCAUAAUAAUCAUGCAUUUGCUGGCAGUGAUUGGAGGACCACCUUUUUGGCAAUCUAUGAUUCCAGUGCUGAAUAUUCAAAUGAAACUUUUUCCUGCGCUUUGUACUGUAGCAGGGACCAUAUUUUCCUGUACAAAUUACUUCCGUGUAAUCUUCACAGGUGGUGUUGGAAAAAAUGGAUCAACAAUAGCAGGAACAAGUGUCCUUUCUCCUUUCCUCCAUAUUGGAUCAGUAAUUACAUUAGCUGCAAUGAUCUAUAAGAAAUCAGCAGUUCAGCUUUUCGAAAAGCAUCCCUGUCUUUAUAUAUUGACAUUUGGUUUUGUAUCUGCCAAAAUCACCAAUAAGCUUGUGGUGGCACACAUGACUAAAAGUGAGAUGCAUUUACAUGACACAGCAUUCAUAGGUCCAGCACUUUUGUUUCUGGACCAGUAUUUUAACAGCUUUAUUGAUGAAUAUAUUGUACUUUGGAUAGCCCUGGUCUUCUCUUUCUUUGAUUUGAUUCGCUACUGUGUCAGUGUUUGCAAUCAGAUUGCGUCUCACCUGCAUAUACAUGUCUUCAGAAUCAAGGUCUCCACAGCUCAUUCUAAUCAUCAUUAAUGAUGUAACGAUGUUACAUAGGAAGCUCAUGUUUUCUGCAGGAAAGAAUCUGAACAUAUUAAGGCGAAUGGGGCGGUUAAAAACAAGAAUAAUUUAUAAUAAUCAAUGUUGUAUAACUUUUAUUCUUUGUUAUUGAUAACACUUCUUAUCUAUCCCUGUGUGAGAAUGGGAAUUUCAAGUUCCAUCCUGUAAAUGUACGUGUUGUCAUGCAGGGUUGGCCCAAGAAAGCAUGCAAGAAAAAAAUACCAUGUGUUUGUAAUUAUCCUGGAUUCCGAGUAAAAUCGUCAUGGGGAGCAGAUCCCCACUGGUGGAGAUUUCUAAUGUAGAAUAUUUGCAGGCCAAAAUUCGUUGCUUUAUAAUUUUAACAAAUCAUCAUCUUUUUAGUGACAUCCUUGUUUAGUAUCUUCUCAAGCUUUCUUUACCAAGGAGCUCAGCUUGUGGCACAGAUAUAUCCUACUAGCUUAUGAGGUGGAACUUGAUAAAGAUUUUGAAUUUGGAUUGAAAAGUUUCCUAUCUUUACAUUGUUGAGAAAGUCAUUUUUUUAUUGCUCAAGAUAUGGUAUAUCUCAUGGGCUUGGGAAAUCCUGUUAGCAUGCAUAAUAAUGUGGUAACUUUGUCGAUCCAUUUUAUUUUUUUAAAUAAACAUACGAUCUGAAAGCCA